GCAUGGUUAAUGGAAUUCUAAAUGUUGUUGAUUUCACCAUGAUAGAGUUAAACAUACCCCACUGAAAUCAACACGACUGGAAAUUUAGCUGUAUUGCAACUUAAUAAUGCCAUGGCAAUGGACCUCUUGUUGCCACUGUCACUCUUAAAGGGCCCACUUUUGCGGGUGAAAGCAACAAAGAGCCUUGUAGCACCUUAAAGGCUAACCAAUUUAUUACAGUAUGAAGCUUUUGUGGACUCACACCCAUUUCACCAUAUGCAGGAAGCAAAAUCUUAGUUGGCAGGUAUAUAAUGGAGAAAAUCUUAAGUUGGGAGUUGAAAUGAGAUGCAAAGAUUGCUGUCAGUGAUAAUUAGAGUUUAAAUGUAUGUUAAACCGGCACAACUAUUAAAGUUAAGAUUGCAGAUAACUUUCUCAGCAUUGCUAAGAUGAUUGUAUAAAUAUGGGUGUGAGGAUUUUUGGGCUGUUCAGAUGUUGCUGAGCUCCAACUCCCAUGAUCCUUGGCCAAUGGCCAUGCUUGGUGAUGGGAGCUGUAGUUCAGUGACCACUGGCGGGCCAAGGUCUCGCCCCCCCCCCUGCGCAGUGGUGCAGGCUGCAGGGAAGAGGGAGUGAGCAUGCCACACCUUGUCUUUACAAGUUUGGGGGGGCAGGGAAACUUGUUGGGACAUCUUUGUUACUUCUUUCCGGUUUGGAACUUCUCACCCUGUUCCUGGAUCAUGACUCCUGAGCACUGUGUCUGCUGCUGAGCCUGUACUGAUAAUUGCCUUAAUAAAGAUCUCUGUCGUAAAUAAGACAGAGAUCGUUAUUAAGGCAAUAAUCAGUACAGUACUUGUAAGCAAGAGUUCCUGUUUGUAAGUUUUAGGUGGCCACUGGUUCUGCUGAGAAGCCAACUCCAUCAGGCUUUACCUUCUCUCAGCUGUUGCCUGGCUGCAGCAGUGGCAGAGGAGGAAAACAGGCUUGCUCCAUCAGUUCUGCUAAAAGACCAGCUCCAUUGGACCUUCACUCCAUCUACUGUCCCCCAGAAGCAGUCGCCUCAAAAGGUCACAGCAGAGGGAGGACAAGGAAGCAAGACCUCUCCAUUAGCAUUAGGCUCCUUGAAUUAUUUCCAUUCCAGCAGCUGCUCCUUAUGAGAACUUUAUAACUAAGAGCUAGUGUCUGAGGUUGCUUUCUCCCCUUUCUGCCUCCCAAUUGCUUUUCCUUUUGCAUUGUGUCUUUUAGACUGCAAUAUAACUGAUCUACAUAAGCAGCUCUUGGAACCUAAGAGCACUCUGCACAUGUAUGAAAAACUCUUUUAUUGCUUGCUAAGUCUUCCAGAGCUUAGGUUUGGCCCUGAAACUGAUUCCAGAGUUCAGCUUUAUUUUGGACUUCGGACAAAACUAGAUGUAAUGUAGGAAUUCUGUGAUUGGAUCUCCCAAUCCCCCAUACCACUCUUUUAUUAAUGAUUAAAAGCAUCCAUAAGAGAGGGAGAAUUUUAAUUAGUGCUGCAGUUCCAAGGAGGGAGGCUUUUUCAACUCAUUUCCCAACACUGUAUCCCAAACAAAUAUCAAUUGUUCUCUGCCCCCCAAAAGCUGUUAUUAGCCAGAGAAGGGGAGAAAGGUAGAAAACUGAGUUUUUGAAUCAAAUGCUUGUACAAGAAGAGCCCUGAUUCUUGAUCAGACCUUCAAAGGUCAAUCUAAUCCAGCAUCCUGUCCCAACACUGGCCCAGCAGAUAAUUUACGGUAUAUAGACAGGAUUUACUGUAUAUACCACUUAAUCAUCAAAAUCUCUAAGCAGUUUACAUAAAAAUGCCUCUCAGAAGUCUGCAAGCAGAACCAAAGUGCACCAGCACACUCGUGUUCCUCAGCAAGCAAUAUUCAGAGGCAUACUGUCUCCAGAAUGUGACUAGUAGCCAAUUAUAGCCACUGUAAAUCAUAAUGCCCUGUGGCAUGUCCUUCUGAAAAUCGGCUGCCCAGAUAAAUUUGUGAACAUCCUCCACGAUAUUAUGACAGCAACCAUCACAGAUAACAAUGGCUCUCAAAGUGAACCAUUCACAGCGGGAUGAGGUGUUAAACAGGGAUGUGUUAUCGCCCCACUCUAUUAUUUUCAUUGCUAUGAUCCUACACAUUGUCAAAGGGAAACUCCCCACUGGGCUAGAUAUCAUAUAUCGAACAGAUGCAAAGCUCUUUAACUUAAGUAGGCUGAAAGCAAAGAGUAAGGUUACCAUAACUUCCAUCAUAGAGCUUCAAUAUGCUGAUGACAACGUAAUGUGUCCACACUCAGAGGAUGACCUCCAAACCAUCCUAAAUAUAUUUGCAGAAGGUUACAAAAAGCUUGGCCUAUUGCUCAACAUCCAAAAAACCAAAGUGCUGCACUGACAAGCACAAAACAACCCCUCUGCAGCUCCACAAAUCCAACUUAAUGGUAUAACCUUGGAAAAUGUCAAUCACUUUCCCUACCUGGGCAGUUAUCUUUCCACAAGGGCCAACAUCGAUGCAGAAAUCCAGCAUUGCCCGAACUCCGUGAGUGCAGCUUUCUCCCAACUGAAGUGCAGAGUGUUUGAGGACCGGGACAUUUGCAGGGAAACCAAAACGCUUGUUUACAAAACUACUGUACUACCAACUUUAUUGUAAGCUUGUGAAACGUGGACCACUUAUAAAUGCCAUCUCCAACUCCUCAAAAGAUUCCAUCAACGGUGUCUCCAAAAAAAUUUAUAUAUCACUUGAGAAGACAGGCAAACCAAUGUGAAGAAGCAAAGAUCACCAGUGUGGAAGCAAUGAUUCUUCAACAUCAACUUUGUUGGACUGAUCACGUUGUUCAGAUGCCUGAUUAUCAUCUUCCAAAGCAACUACUCUAUUCCAAACUUAAAAAUGGAAAGCAUAAUGUUGGUGGUCAAUAAAAGAGGUUUAAAGACUCUCUCAAGGCAAAUCUAAACAAAUGUAGUAUAAACACUGACAAUUGGAAAACACUUGCCUGUGAGUGCUCCAACUGGAGAACAGCCUUUACCCAUGGAUUUUGAAGACUCUCGAACUCAGGACAAAAGUGAGAAACGAACUAAGAGGAAGGCAUAUUUGGCAAGCCCUCUCCAUGAUCAACUCCCACCCGGAAACCUAUGUCCCCACUAUGGAAGGAGGUGUGGAUCCAGAAUUGACCUCCACAGUCACCUAUGGACACACUGUUAAGACCAUGUUCAUGGAAGACAAUCUUACUCAGCUACAAGUGAUCACUAAAGAAGAUAACCCUUUUCUCCAUGAAUUUGUCCAAUCCUGCUUUAAAGCCCUCAAGUUGGUGGUCAUCACUGCCUCCUGCAAGAGUGGGUUCGUUCCAUAGUUCAGCUAUGUGUUGCAUGUAUAAAGACUUCAUUUGGUCUGUUCUAAAUCUUCCAACAUUCAGCUUCAUUGAAUGGCUCCACUGAGUUCUAGUAUUAUAAGAGAGGGAUAUGAUGGUCUGACUAAGGGAGUGUUCACAUUAGCAACUUAGAGGGCACUGAUGUUUUUCCCUAUGCAAAGAGAGAUGAAUGGCUUACAGGAUUACAACUGGUAUGAAUCACAGAAUCAUAAAAUUGUAGUUAAAAAAUAUUGUGAGGGUCAUCUAGUCCAACUCCUGCAAUGCAGGAAUCUUUUGCCCAACGUAGGGCUCGAACCCACAACCCUGAGAUUAUAGUCUCAUGCUCAAUCUACCAAUUGGGCCAUUCCAGCAAUCAUGAAGCUUGUUUGAGAAAAAGAGCAUCAAGCAGUAGUAACUUAUAACAACCUGCAUUUUGGACAACCUCAUGUGAACAUACAUUAAAAACCCAGCACUGGAAGCUCAAUAAGUGUGCAGUAAACCAAGUAUUGACACAAACUUCCAGCCUGGGUAUGGCUGCAUUGCCCUCUACUGGCUAGCUAUACACACAGUGCAGAUAAACCCAGUGCCCAUCAUAGACAAAUAUGUGGGGGCAGUUUGCAGAUUGGGAGGGCAAGAAAAAUGAUGUAUGAGCUUCCCUUCAAGUGGUUUAGGAAACAUCAACCACAUCCUGGAAAAAAAUCUUCCUUCUAAGUUAGUCAAACAUCCCAACUGCAAUCGUGUUGACUCAGAAUGAGGCCCAACUGAAUGGCAAUGAAUCUAAGUUAAUUUUACAAAGCUUUUAUCACAGGUGAGACUAACCUGUAGACUUCCAUACACCAACUCCCCUCACCUCCAGCCAAAAUGACCAAUGAUUAAGAAAAAUGGUCCAACAGUUCCUGAAGAGAAGAGCCAUAGGAUUCCUAUUCCUGAUCCAUGGGCAUAACAACAGUAGCCAACUUUACAGGGUUGCUUAUUUAUUGGAGCCUUUGCACAAACAAAGGCAAAAAACUGAAGAAAUAAAUGUCUAUAAAAAUGUAACCAAUGUAACUUACUGAAAAAUUAGAAAGAGAGAUUUUGGUACCUGUUUCCUCUUUUCUUGAAGCACAUCACACCAUGAAGGGACCACGAUGGAAUUAUAAGCUGAAAGUACAUGGGAAAUUGCUAAAAAUGUGUACACUGACACCUGCUAUAGAAAAGUUGAAUAUUACUUUAUGAGAUAUUAAAUAUUAAUAUCUGCUGUGAAAAACACACACACGUCUCUAAAACAUCACACCCUCUGCUAGUGAUCUCAGAUGGUGAGAGCUGACAGGACUGGUGCCAAAAUGGGACUACAGUGGUACCUCGGGUUAAGUACUUAAUUCGUUCCGGAGGUCCAUUCUUAACCUGAAACUGUUCUUAACUUGAAGCACCACUUUAGCUAAUGGGGCUCCCGUCUGCUGCUGCUGCGCCGCCAGAGCACGAUUUCUGUUCUCAUCCUGAAGCAAAGUUCUUAACCCGAGGUACUAUUUCUGGGUUAGCGGAGUCUGUAACCUGAAGCAUAUGUAACCUGAAGCGUAUGUAACCUGAGGUACCACUGUAUUAAGGCCACAUCCACACCCUACAUUUAAAGCAAUCAACUUCCUCCCAAAGAAUCCUGAAAUUUAUCAAUUGGAGAGCUACUAUUCCCAGCACCCUUAACAAACUAUAGUUCCCAGGAUUCUUUGGGGUAAAGCAUGCAGCUGGAUCAGGCCACAGGGGGCCCAUCUAGUCCAACAUCCUGUUCUCACAGUGGCCAACCAGAUGCCUGUGGGAAACCUGCAAGCAGGACCUCAGCACAGAGCCCUCUCCCAUCCUGUGGUUUCCAGAAACUUGUAUUCAGAAGCAUUGAUCCCUCCAACAGUGGAGGCAGAGAAGAACCAUUGCAUACCCUCCAACAUUUCUCCGAUGAAAAUAGGGAUGUCCCAUUCCAUAAUGAUAAUUUUACUAUUUAUACCCCACACAUCUUACCGGGUUGCACCAUCCACUUCCAACAUAUAUAAAAACAUAAUAAAACAUUAAACCUUUAAAAAACCUUCCCUAUGCAGUGCAGGAUUGCCUUCAGACGGCUCAGGGGUCAGACAACUCCAUACCUUCCAACAUUUCUCCAAUGAAAAUAGGGGCAUCCUAAGGAAAAGUGGGACAUUCUGGGAUCAAAUCAGAAACUGGGAUAGUUUCUCUAAAUCACGGACAUCCCUGGAAAAUAGGGACACUUGGGAGGACCUGCCAUUGUGGCUAGCAGCUAUUGGUAGCCCUUUCCUCCAUGAAUUUGUCCAGUCCUCUUUUAAAGCCAUCCAAGCUGGUGGCCAUCACCACCUCCUGUUGGGGUGACUUCCUUAGUUAACUCUGCUGCCACAUGAAAAAGAUUGCAAUUAAUUUUAUAUGCCUUCACAAUGAACUGCAGGGCAGAAACAUUUUAAGUAAAUCAAUAAAAUUAGAAAUGCUGUUGUGAGUCCCUUUGGAGACCCUGCUCAACAAUCAGGAUGCAAAUUUAACUGAUAAAGAAAGCCAGAUGGAAAAGUUAAAAUAUACAUACUUACCCUUGAUCUAAAAUGACACAAGUUGUUUGGACUGCUCCUGAGUUUCACCACUCUCAAUUAUUUGGUAUUUUGUUGUGUUUUUACUUAUCAGACAACGAGUGGGUCACAAAUAAUUGCAAAUAAAUAAAAUUAGACAUAUAACCCGUAAUUCUAGUAUUUAAUCAAUGUAGGAUUUAAAAAGUGUUACGUGCUACACCAAUACAUUAAAUACUUUAUAUAACAUAUUACGUAGUAAUAUGCCCAACUAAUUAUAGACAUAGCAUGAGUAUUGUCUAUGAUGUAUGAGAUACUAUAUAUUAAAUCAUUAUGCUAUACAUUUUUUUGUGUAUUUCAUUAAAAAAUGUAUAUCAGCACUGCGUUUUAUAUCUAUCUGUAUCUAUAUUGAAGGAGGUGAGGAGGAGGUGAGGUUUAGGUAACCUAAGCAUAGGUUAAAAAUAAAUACUAGUGCUAUGAAUUAUUUAUAUUAUUUAUAUAAAAUUAUUUAGAUCCUUAAAGGGAAACACUUAAUUUGCCUCAGAGUUAGACAUCAUGAAUAUAGCAUAAGGCGCUUAUGCAUAUUCAUGGCCUAGUUUGCCAACGCCGGGGCCGAGGCCUGCCACGAUUUUGCAUAGCAACCGUCUCUAACUGCCAUCCAGGCCGCCACCGUUUGCGCCCGAGGCGGCUUCCUCCUGAGCGACGGGUACGCCGGACCAAUGGGAGCUGAGAGGCGGGCCCCCGAAACGGCGGAGUAUUCUAGAAGGGGCUAGGACGCCACAACCCCCGCCCUGUCGGCGCCUGCGCCUGCGCGGGGACGCCCCUUUCUCUUAUCACUCCCUUUCCUUUUCCUCGAGGCGGGCGGCCGACAUGGCGGUGAAGGCGCUGAACCCCAAGGCCGAGGUGGCGAGGGCCCAAGCGGCUCUGGCCGUCAACAUCAGCGCGGCGCGGGGCCUGCAGGACGUGCUCAGGACCAACCUCGGCCCUAAAGGAACCAUGAAGAUGUGAGGAGAGGGGAAGAAUUGACGGGGAAGGGGGAGGCCGGGGGGGAGGGGAAGGAGCGUGGAUGCCGGAAUGGGCGUGGCCACGUCGAUCUCAGCCCACCCGCGUGGCGCUCGAGGGCUGAAAUGGCGGCGCGUGCGCAGAGCGCGCCAGUGAACCCCGAGCCGGCUACGGGCUCUAGACUAGCGUGUGCAUGUGUGCAAUGAUUUGGUUAGCCCUGCUCAGAGUAGACCCAUUGGAAUUAAGAUGAUUUAAAUGCUAUGCUUUAAUGUUGUAACCCGCCCAGAGGAACCUUCGGGUGAAGAGCGAGUAAUAAAUAAAAGUGGGUCUGCUCCGGAGGAAAAUGAGUAAUAAUAUAUAGUAAUUUAUUAUUUAUGCCCCGCCCAUCUGGCUGGGUUCCCAUUGUCCAACUCGUCAUUAAUACUAUCGUUAUUGAUUGAUUCCUAAUCUCUUCCCCCCCCCCCCUAGAAAUGUUGAACUGUAAUACUAUGGCAUCUGCCACUACCCUGGGGGUAUGAGGUGAAGCAGAGUCAGGCCAUUAGCCUUUCAGGCUCUGUAUUGCCCACAGCAGCGGUGGAUAGGCUUUCAGGCUUGAUGGAUUUGCUUAAGAUUUUUACUACCUAACAUUGAGAUCCUCAAGCUAUAGAGCCAGAACAAAAUAUAGAGCUAUAGAGCCAGGCUGAGCUGUACACCUAGAGUUAAGGAGCAGGGUGUCUCUGAGCAUGUGCUCAGCCAAAUAAUUUGUUUCAGUACCACAGACUUAUCUCAUCUUGGACUUCCAUUCACAAUUGCAAAUCUCUUCUUUGUGAGCUGCUGCCAUUUGGAUGAGACAGCAGUGGGCUUGAUGCAUCCAUAAUCUGACUUGACCAUAUGUGGUGAUAAUUCACAUGUGUCAAGAGUCCCCUCUCUUGCACAACUCCGAAGAGUACUGGAGUCAUCUGUUGUUUGGUGAGGCAAAGCAGCUGCAAAGAAAAUCAGGAAAGGAACCUGGGCCUGUCUGUUUUCAUUUGUGUGUGUAUGUGUGUGUAUGUGUAUAUAUAUAUAUAUAUAUACACACACACACACACACACAUACAUACAUACAUACAACAGGGGUGGGCAUAAAGUUUAUCUCUGAGCAACUUGCAGUAUACUUACUGCUAGCUGCCUGGGCAGCUUGCAGUAGACAAACACAUUUCUGACUCCAAAUUCUAACAAUAGGCAAUAAACUACCCACCCCCUUGUGCCUAAAUUAUACUGGAUGGGGGUGUCCUGGAGUGGGUUUUUGUAUAAAAGGUCUGAGUUCAGUUUUGGCUUCCAAAUAAAAUCUUAGUCUUCUAGUUACUUAAUUCUAAAUGUAUGUCUUGCAGCAGGGUCUGGUUGAUGGAUCUUGGGUGGGGCAGGGGGGAGCAGAUCCUGGUCUGAAACUGGAGAGGUGCUGUCAGUAAGCGUCAACAAUUGAGCUAGAUGGAGAAAUGUCCUGACUUGGUAUAAGACAGCUUUUUAUGUACUGAGUGGAGGGCAGCAAUUUUUGGCUAGCCUUUCCCAAAAUAGAGGAUAAGCCUGUCCGUGGUUGCAUAUUACCUCCAGUAUUGGUGUACUAUGCCUCUGAAUACCAAUUGCUAGGGCAUCAUGAGUGGGAGAGGCUGUUUGUAUUCAUAUCCUGCUUUUAGGCUUGCCAGAGGCAUUUGGUUAGCCAUGGUUUGAACAGAAUGCUGGUCCUAGAUAGGCCUUUGGUCUGAACCAGCAGGUUCAUCUUGUACGCAGUUACAAGGACCCACCUGGCCUUUCACAAGUGGGCAGGCAGAGGUGCUUAGAAGCAGCUCCAACAUUGCUCCUCUUCCUUCCCAAAAGAAGGACGAGUAUCUGGUUGUGGCAUGAUCCCUUUACCUAAAAAAUUGAGUCAUUUUGCAUAUGCUGGCAGCAGCAGGGAUGACUCUGCUAUAAUCACCUCCUGUCCUCAGCAAGAGGAGGCUGGGACCAGAGGGUUGAUGGCUGUGCUCUGUCCCCACACAGGCUUGUGUCUGGUGCUGGAGAUAUCAAACUUACCAAAGAUGGCAACGUCUUGCUUCACGAGAUGGUGAGUUCUUCCCUCCCCUGGAGUCCACUAAGAACGUAACAUUGGCAUAAUCUGGAGGUUUGUGGUGGUAACUGUAGGCAUGAAGAAUUGGCAGCAGGUUGAACAUAAUUGCCCAUCAGAGGUUCAUAACUUGGAAGAUUAUAGGCAACCUUAAAACGAUGAGGUGUAUCCAACUAAGUCCUCAGAGUGCACCCAUUUAAAUGGAUAAUCUUGACUUAGAUCCAUUGAUAUCAGUAACUUAAUUGCAUAUGACUUUAGUUGGGUACAACCCCAGAUGUCUAGUCCAGCCUUUCAGUUGCUGUUGAGCUCUGGCUCCCAUCAGCCACCACAGUCAACAUUUGGGGAUGAUGAUGGGGAUCCCAACAAUAACUGGAAGGCUCCUCCAGAUUAGGGAAGGGCAGAUCUUCUUGAAGGAUCACUCUUAGGUUGUGUCUUUUUUCUUUUCUUUGAAACAUAGUUUUUAUUUUCCUCUUUCAACUGUUUAACAUGGUUGCAUUGGGAUAUAUCUUUGUUUAGCUCAGAGCAUAUGAAAAUUAACAUGCAGUUUUGAAGUGACUGUUCGCCAUCAAAGCCUGGUUCCUUCUCUGGUUCGGAUCGUGGCAUAAGAUGCCAAAAAUACCUAUGCAAGGUUCAGUGUUGGGCUGAUGGGAAAGCACACUGAUGAGGAAUAACUCUUUUGGCUGUUGUUCCCCUUGUACCUCGCAGCAAAUCCAGCACCCGACAGCCUCCUUGAUUGCCAAAGUAGCGACAGCGCAGGAUGACAUCACUGGCGAUGGGACCACUUCCAAUGUUCUCAUCAUUGGGGAAUUGCUCAAGCAGGCAGAUCUCUACAUUUCAGAGGUGUGUAGCAACUUUCUUAAUUUUUUAUUUGCCCUUUGCUGGGUUGUGGGGGUUUGUUUGUUUGUUUGUUUGUUUUUUAGGUGCUUGGCUGCUCUUUAGUUUCAGAUUAAAUAAGUUCACUUACGAGGUUUCAUCGUUUUAGUGAUGCUGGCGCAAGCCUUUGGAUGAAGAUGAAAUGGAUGAUACAGGAGGAAUUUCUGUGGUAGACUCUGACACUAGAAUGUAUAUUUUUGGAAGGAGCAGAGCUCAUCUGUCCGGCAUCUUUACUGCGGAGCUGGACUUCUGUGUUUCUUUAGACCAGGGGCCGAUGGGAGUUGUAGUCCGAAACAGCUGAAGGGCAGCAGUUUGGGGCAGGCUGCUCUCUUCAUACAUCUGCUUCUUUGUGGUGUAAUCAACAGCUGUCUGUGUAAAAAUUUAUGGAGCCUUCAAAUCCCAUUGCACGGUGAACACCCAAGUGAGCUCUGUAGUUCCCUUGGCAUAACUCUGUGCUAGAGUAACCUGUGCUUUACCCUCUGCAUUGCAAGGAACAUACUUCCUUUCAAAUGUAUUCAAAAGGACAGGACAGUUGAUCCUCAGGAGCAGACUUAUUCCUUGAUGAAAAUUUGACAAGAUUCUUGCAGGGGAAACUUUUUACUGCCUUCACAGAUUUAAAGGCAGGUUUUGAUUCUGAUCUCCAGGGUCAGUUAUGGCAGAAACUGGAUGAUGCUCUUGUGAAAGGCUUCUUUGCCUUAUUAAGGCUUAUAAGGAUAUACCCAUUACCCGGGGAAUUAGGAAAGGAUGUAUAUUCUUGUCCCUACUCCAUUCAAUCUGUUUUUAAAUGAUCUUGUGGAUCUGUUACAUUGUGAGAUUCCAGUAUGGCUGAUGUCCCCCCCCCUGCUUUGCCCAAUAACGCAUGACUGAAAAUAUUGAGAGGGUGGUGGAAGUGUGCAGAAAAUUUUUAAUUGUUUGCUUUGGUGUUAGGGUUUGCACCCUCGAAUAGUCACGGAAGGGUUUGAAGCUGCCAAGGAAAAAGCCCUCCAGGUCUUGGAGCAAGUCAAAGUGGUCAAGGAAAUGGACCGGGAGACUCUCCUGGACGUGGCCCGGACCUCCCUCCGCACGAAGGUCCAUCCUGAGCUUGCCGAUAUCCUUACAGAGGUGAGCAUUCAAGAGCCCUCUUAGUUUUCCGCUUCAGGAGAAAAAGAGGUGAGCUUUCAUGUUUUGAUUGGAAGGAGAGCAGCAGUGGAGGCUGGUCCAUUAGGAUGAGGGGGGAAGGGGUUGCCCCACCAGCCUCUACUCAGCCUGGCCACACCCGCCGGCCUUCUUACCUGCAACCAAUCAGGAGGUGGCUCUGCCUCUCAUUGCCUCUGGCUCCACCUACCAUUGGUGUUCUGGCCUUCCUCCCAGUCUUAUGGCCACCAGCUCCCUCUGCAUCAGCAGAGGGUAGAUAUUUGGGGAGAGGCUUGCUAGGUCUUGGAGUGGCCUUUGAUAGGGGCUGCUUUUUCUCUUUCAAGGCCGUCGUAGAUGCCAUUCUGGCCAUCAGAAAACCAGAAGAACCAAUAGACCUGUACAUGGUGGAGAUAAUGGAGAUGAAGCACAAAUCUGAAACAGACACAGCGUAGGUACAAUGGAAGGGGUCUGUUCCUUAAAUCGUUCUUUACAUUUCUUCUUCCACUGCCUUCCUACUGAAAAUCACACAGCUGCCACUGUGUUGCAUUUUCUGCUGCUGAGGAGAUGGCAACGUGCUUAACACUUUCCAUGUGGCAAAGAGACCGAAGGCAUAUAUGCUGUGGCUAGCAGCCUCCCCUUAGUCCGUGCCAAGGAUGCCAUUCUCCAAAUGGUCUCAGUUAGAGGUUCUGAGCUGUGAGAGUCAAACUGGCGUAAGCUUGAGGGCAUGGGUGAAUUCUGUGUUGGCUUUGACAGUGGCCAAUGGAGUCAGACACCAUGCAAAAUGAAAGUUCCUGCUGUGGACACUCCUAGCGGUAUGCUGCAUAUUUGGUAGCCUGCCCAAGUCUGGAAUGGAUACAGGUCUAAAUUGUUUGCCACGUAUUAGGAGUCAGGGUGGUAGUAGAAAGCAGGUGGCUGUGCAUAGAAUAAACAAGACACAAAGUUUGUUUUAAUCAGUUUAUGAUUUGAUGAUUCAAACACAGAGUUGGAAGGGACCCAAAGUCUUUGUUCCUACCUAGGUAUUUGGUUAAAUUGGAAAUACUAGUUGUUGUUGCUGUUGCUGUAGUUUUGCUUGUUUACAAUAGAAUUGUCUAGCUGUUUAUUGGUCAUAUUUAAAUUAUUUUGUAGUUAGUGUGUAUUGUUCUCCUCUGUUUAUUUUUAUUCUGUGUUUCCCUGCUCUGGGAUUGGAAACAUUCAGUGAAAAGCAAGAAAGAUGAUAUUGGAGGGGAGGGGAGUUUCCUUUGUAAUAUGACUUUUCCUUAGACCAGCAGAAUUAAAUAUCAGAUUAAUUAACCUAGGACAAAAUUCUCAAUAAAAUACCGUAAUACGUGAAAUAAAAUAAAAACUGCUUCUUAACAGGCUGAUCAGGGGACUUGUCUUGGAUCACGGCGCUCGCCAUCCAGACAUGAAGAAGAGAGCUGAAGAUGCUUACAUUCUCACUUGCAAUGUAUCACUAGAAUAUGAAAAAACGUACGUAUGCGAUGAGGGUGGCAGGCUUAAUUGGCUGUAGGCUGGUCUGGUCUUCACAUUCAUGGGAGGAGAUUUUUUGCAUCAUCUGAGUGUGCUUCCACCUAUGUGCUUACUGGGGUGAGUUUCCAAUCAUGUUUUUUCUGUUCCCAGAGAGGUGAAUUCUGGAUUUUUCUAUAAAAGCGCAGAAGAAAGAGAGAAGCUAGUUAAAGCGGAACGGAAGUUCAUUGAAGAUAGAGUGAAGAAAAUAAUAGACCUGAAAAGAACUGUGGUUGGAGAGACAAAUAAAGGUUUUGUAGUAAUCAACCAAAAGGUGAGAGUUGGGAGUGAGGAGCUCAGAAUUGAUUGGGACAGUUUUCUAAGAAUAGACCUCUCAUUGCAUUAGUUGCCUUUCAAACUACAAUCUGUAACAUUUCAAAAUAAGAUUAAUUUCUAUUUUUUCAGGGAAUUGACCCUUUUUCCCUAGAUGCUCUUGCAAAAGAAGGAAUCGUCGCUUUGCGCAGAGCAAAACGAAGGAACAUGGAGAGGUCAGUUUCUGGAAGGGUGGGAGGAAACAUCUUGGGCACCAGUUUUAUAAAGUUCAUAAGAUUUACCUACUACUUGAUUGUGCAAGCUCUCAAAGCAGUUUACAAAAAGAAUAAAACAAGAUUUUUUUUAGAAAAAUGAAACAAUAAAAAAAUUAAAAUCAACAGUAAACUAAAAACAUCAGUAUUCUAAGUAUAUGGUAAGGCUUGUGUAAAUAAAAAUGUUUUUAGCAGGUGCCAAAAAGACAGUGCAGGCACCUGCUAGAUGUCAACAGUCGGGGAGUUACAAAUAUGGAAUGGAUAUUUUGGGGCACCUGUAACAGUGCCAGUUCAAGAGGGCAUAUGUGAGAAAGGCAAUCUUACAAGUAGAUUGGUCCCAAAUUACAAAUCAGCAAGCAGUGCAGAUCUGAGCAUAUAGUAGUUCUUACAGUGAUCGGCUGUUUUGGAAACAAUUGAGGGACAGCCUGAGGAAGAGCCUGAGAAAGCUGGUCUUGAGCAGAGUUGGUGGAAAGGGCCCACUUCUCCCACAUGUAGCCAGCUGUCCUGGCUGCUGCUGAGCUGGUCUCUAGUUGGGGAGAGAAGGCCUGAUGGAACUGCCAUAAGACAAUUGCGAAAACGCAUACUCCUUGUGCUGGAGUGAUGCACAGCAGCUCUGGGAGGAGGGUAGACUUCUCUUGUGCCAUGAUUCUAAGUGCAAUUAUAAGACCAUCAGCACUGGUUUCAGUGAAUCUUUGCUUCCAAUAUAACUUAGCACUGCUGACUCGUUAGUUGUGUUUAGCCAAGCUGAAUUUAUUCUUUAGUAGGAAUGGGUACCUAGUGCCCUCUAGAUGAUGUACUGCAGCUCACAUCAGGGAUGGCACAGUAGUCAGGGAUGGUGGGGGUUGGAGUCCAACUCCACCUCUGGGAUAGUGCAGGCAGCUUUCAAGAAGCCAAUCAACCAGUGUUAUUGGUUAGGUUCAACCGUGUGACCUUAAAUGCUAAAACAUGACUUUUCCCCACUUCCCAGGUUGACUCUUGCUUGUGGAGGCGUUGCUAUGAAUUCUGUGGACGACCUCUCUGUGGACUGCCUGGGACAUGCAGGACUUGUGUACGAAUACACACUGGUAUGUGUCACCUUCCCCUUUCACAUUCCUGGCAACAGUUUUGUUUCUGUGGAAAGUGUUGCAAAUUGGGAAACUCCCAAAUGAAGUCUCUUAAUGCCUUCUGGAUCAGUGAAGGCUUCAGUAUUUGCUUAUGUUUUGCCAAAUGGUGGUAAGAUUCCCCCCCCCUCCAGUAGUACCUGGAUUGCAGCUACACAAUUUUGUUUUGUUGCUCAGUUAAUCGGAAUAUGCAACUUGGACCACUGCGUUAAAAAUAAAUAAAAGCAUCUUGGGGAGUAUAGUCAGUGGGCUGACUUUGCUGGAGCCUGGUAGAUUGUUGUGGCAUUUAUAACACUCAAAUAAUUCAUUUCCUCAUCAUCUUGGCCCCAGGGUGAGGAGAAGUUCACAUUCAUUGAAAAGUGCGACAACCCUCGUUCUGUAACACUGUUGAUCAAGGGGCCGAAUAAGCACACGCUGACACAAAUCAAGGAUGCCGUCCGGGAUGGAUUACGUGCUGUCAAAAAUGCAAUUGAGGAUGGUGAGUUGGGUAUUGGAAUCACUUCAUAAGGAUUUGAUGGGCAGGGCAUGGUGGGUUAAAAGGGGAAACUUUGAUUUUGGUACAUCUUCUCUAGCAAUGGUGGUGGUGGUUCAAUACCUAAGGGGGGAGGGCCCCCCACAAAAGGCCCCAAUUGGUGUGGAAAUAACAAUACGAGUUCUGUAUUGUUAAUAAUAUAAGAGAGUGUCCAAAACAUGUAAUUUGAACAGUUCUGUGCAACCCCCUGUAAAACAACAGCAGAAUGUUACAAUUGAAAGGAACAAACAUAUAAUAGUCAAAAGGAUGUACAUGUUGCCUUGAAUUCAAAGCCAAUGCGGUGUUUAAAUGCUGUGUCACAUUGUCCUUUUUGCAGGGUGUGUGGUCCCGGGUGCCGGAGCCGUGGAGGUGGCUAUAGCUGAUGCCCUCGUGAAGCAUAAGCCCAGUGUGAAAGGAAGAGCCCAGCUGGGAGUCCAAGCUUUUGCUGAUGCUCUGCUUAUCAUUCCAAAGGUCUGCUUGAUGGGAAAAUAAAUCCAUUUAAGGUGUUAAAUUUUCUACCCAGUGGUUAACGCAGCUGGGCUGAUGGAAGUUGCACCUGGACUGCACCAGGCUGGCAAAGGCUGGGUUAAGGGGAGAACCAUCAAUAUAAUCUCCCAAAGGUGCUCCAGUUGCAGAGGGAAGAGAAUGCAGCUGGAAGGGCAGGUUAAAAGGAAGACGAGGACAGAUAGAAAUCUGAAGUGUCAUGAGUGUUGGCAGUUGUGGGGAGAAACCUGAAUUUUCUUUGUGUUGUGAUUCUUUCUCAGGUACUUGCUCAGAACUCUGGCUAUGAUCCACAAGAAACGCUUGUGAAAGUUCAGGCUGAGUACGCAGAGUCCGGGCAGCUGACUGGGGUGGACCUCAACUCUGGUAAGGGAAAGCGUGCAGUAAAAUAGAGGUUGGCUUGAUCUCAAGAAGGGUUGGGACCCUGAUGUGUUGUUGGAAGCCCUUCUGGAUUUCAAACUUGGUGGAAGUGGAGGAGAGGUUGACUGAGGAGCCCCCAAAAUGGCUUAUUUGACUUUCAAGUAUACUUCAUGUGGCUCUGAGUUUAAGGAGAAACAAACUCUCACUCAGAACCCAGCCUCUGGAGAGCUGUUCAGAAUUCCAGCUCGGUCUAAACCAGUUCAUUUGGCAUGAUUACCUCUGUGGAAACCACGGAGAUGGGGUUAGUUUUAUGAACUGGUAGCUGCAGUUGGGGACCAGCUCUUUAUUUUUUUUAAAGAAACCCAACCCAUUUCAUGCCUGCAUAAAGAAAGUCAAACCGGUCUGUGUGAGGUGUUCUUGACUGUCCAAUCUGCAAAGAACAGAGUGAAUUCUGAACCAUAGAAAACCUGGGCAUUGAGGACUAUGGCAAAUGUCCAAUCCCAGAUCCAGUCCCCACCAUCUCCAGGUAGGAUUGGGAAAGGCCUCUAUAUGAAGCCAAGGAGAGCCGCUGCCAACCUGUGUAGAGCAAAAGUUUUUACUCCUCCCCAGCUCCAUGGUUUUGGACCAGUGCUCCUCAACAUCUCUGAGCAGUGGCUGUUUGGGCUCAUAGGAGCCCCAAGAAUGGCUGAAGGGGUUGUAGAUCAGCUGCUUAGGGUGGUUACAGUUCUGAACCAGGUGGGCCAAUGGUAGAAGUUCUUUGGUGUAUGGUUGAUCAAGGCCUAUAGAAGCCCACUGUUGCCUCCCCACCACCACCUCUUGGAAUAAGAUGUAGGUCAUCAUUUAGCUUCUCUAGGCUUUGCUUCAAGUUUUGUGUGCUCAAGGCAGAAUUCAACCAAGGCUUCGCAGCCUAAAGCACACACGAGCCUGUGAAUAAAUUUGUUCAGUCUCCAUUACUGUUUGAAGUAUGUCAGUCAGCUACAGCAUUGCCGUCGCCUUUUUAAACAUUUCUUUCUUGUGUUUUCCAGGUGAGCCAAUGUUGGCAGCAGCGGCUGGAGUUUGGGAUAAUUACAAUGUUAAAAAGCAGCUGCUUCAUUCAAGGUAAAUGUUUUUUCAGCUAGCAGAAGUUGGCAGUUAAAAGAAGAAACACUUGGCUUUUAAAGGGCUUGGCUUGCAGUCCUUCACAGAUCCGUUGGGCAGUCAAGUCCAGUUGCAUUUAGUAACGCUUCCUUUUCAGCAGGCUGGGAUGGUUUUGCUCUAGACUUUGCCUGUAGUCCAAAACAGCUAGAGGGGAACCUGGUUGGCAAAGGAUGGGGCAAACAAAUGAUGGGGCUUGGAAGCUUUCAGGGGGUUCUGUGAGGUGGCAAAUAUGAAGCAUACAUAUCCAGAAGACUGUAUGGGAAGUAAUAUGAAGGAGGGAGGCAGGAUGUUGGUUGCAUUCCACAAACAAUGAAAUCUCUCUUCUCUCCCCCCCCCCCCCCGUUUUCUCUUCUAGCACCGUCAUUGCAAGCAACAUUCUCUUGGUUGAUGAAAUUAUGCGUGCCGGGAUGUCUUCUCUCAAAGGCUGAGCUGAAAAGCUGGCUUGAGGGCAGAGUGUGUCUCUUACAAGCAGCCUCUGGAACGAGUUCAAGGUGUCCCCCGUAUCCCUCCCUGCACAAUUUAGGUGGAUUUUCAGGCCAGCACGAGGAAUUGGAGCUCUGCCUUUGGGAAAUUCUGGCCACUCACAGAUGAAAAUUGUUAGCUUCUGUUACUAUUUAUUUUUUACAUGCACUGACUGACUUAAUACAUCUGAAGUUACUGUCUUUCUACCCAAUAAACAGUUCUGCUCUCUGCUUCGACUGUAGCAAUGUUAAUUUAUGCCAGUCUGUUCUUUCGUCUCUUGUUCUCAGUAGCUGUCCCUGGCUUCCUCUCUGUGUUGUUGGCAGGAGAUUAAGAGUUAAACUCUCUGGCAGGUUCCCCCGCCACCCUCCUUCCAGGUUGACUUCUGACCACUAGCAAGGAGGGUGUUUUCUCAGGUCUUGUUCAUAUUUUUAGCUGGUAGGGAAGACAAUUGCAGAGGUGAAUCUUGUCCUCUGGCACUUAUCCAUCUUGCUCCAUGGGCAAAUGAGCCUGGUGAAAGAUUAUUCUGUAAUGUAUCUCACCGCCUUUGGCAUGGAGACAGCUUUCCUUACAGUACCUACCAGAGAAUUUUGGCUGCUACCCAUUACCUCAUGUCAGUGGAUGAACGUUCUUUUCAGACUAUGGGAGAUAAACAGAACCCCAAAACCAGAGAGAGAGGAAGCUUAAUGGGAGAGGGCAUCCUGGUCCACAGAAAAGAACAGUCUAUACCUGAUUUUUAAACCAGUGAUUCUCAAAGCUGAUGGUGGGAUUACCUGGGGGGACCUUAAGAAUUAAGGGGGUGAUGGAAAGCUGAUGUCAUUGGGUCAAGUUCAUUUAACUAGUUUGAAUUGCAUUUUGAAUAAAUUGGAAUUGUUG